AUGGCGGCUCUGCUUUUCUUGAUCACGUCUCUGGCCCUAAGCGUUUUGCUCACCCGAGCGAAAGUGGUGAACGAUUUUCAGCGCGGCGCAUGCGAGGACUUCUUCUACAAGAAGCUUCAGCCGCGAGUGACCAACUGCCGAUGGUGCAACAAAAUCUGCCAGACAUACAAUGACAGGAGUCGCUUCGCCACCCUGUACAACCCCAACAGCCGUAUCCCUGUCUAUUCUGCGUACAAAUACGAGCACAGCUCGAGGUCGUUGUGUGAAGGCGAGCCCAAUAAACGAAGGGUCACCAAUCGCAAUUUCAGCAACAACAUGGCGCCCGAAAUAAGCGUCAUGGGUGUGGCCUACAUGCAGGCAGUGAACGAAGAUUAUGCGGUGACAAGCUACGACCGAGGCCACCUCAACCCCAGUUCCUAUCACUGCGACGAGGAAAGAACGGCCACUUUCACCUUGACGAAUGCCGUCCCGCUGGAUCGGUCCUUCAACGGAAUGAAAUGGAGCAAAUACCAAAACGAAUCCCAAUACAUCGUGAAGGAAAAAUGCCCAUCGCCUUCUGUAGCUUACUUCAUCACUGGUGCCAUUCCCUCUAAGUUCAAAAUUCCCAUCGAUCCCGAUGACGCGCUGGAAAAUGAAACCAGAGCGUAUGAUAGAGUCACCAUUCCGGAUUACGUGUGGUCAGCAGUGUGCUGUGACCACGUACACAAGAACGAAAGAUUUAGUUUUGGCUACAUUGGGAAAAACAUUCCUGGCAUGGAAAUCCGGCCAAUAACAAUUGAGCAUCUCGAAAGAGAGUUGGCGAGGUUAUACUCGUACAGCAGACUGAGUCUCUUCACUGACACGUGCAAUGGAAGAAAUAGUAUUGCGGCCAAAGUCAUCGCCGCUUUGAUCACGGCGAACGUCGUGACGUACACGGCGUCCUUUGCAGAGUUUCCGCAGUCGAUUUCGCCAUCUGAACAGAAGCUCCUGAACAACAACCUUGGCGACAUCUACUCCGGCGGGACAAGCAGCACCAGGACCAACGUGGACAGCAUCAGGAUAAGGUUGAAGUUUGACAGCAACAAAGACUGGUUCGACCACGUGCGGGUGCUGCGUAAUGAGAGUGGUCUGGCCUGCGUUCACACUGGUUCAUUGCCAGGGUCUGGUGAGCUAGCAUCACAGACGGCAGCGACUUCCUGUAUACUGGAGGAGCAGAGGCACAAUCAGAACGCAGUCACUGCCCAUGGGAUCCCGUGCAGACCCGACUUCACAUGCGGCACCCAUGAUCACAAGUAUUCGUGGUGUUAUACCAGCUACUCGAAGCACUGGGGGCACUGCUGCACUUCGGAGUGCACCUAUCAAGCGUCACAUAAAGGGUACAUGUGCAUGUCGGCCAUCGAGCGGGUCUCGUGCUCGCCGGCAUACUCCAUGAUGACCGUGAGCGGGAGACGGUGCCGAUUUGAUUUCCCGUGUGGCUCACACUCAAAAAAGUACUUCUGGUGCUACACGGACAUAAACAAUAACUGGGAAUAUUGCUGUGCGCCAGACACGUAUUGCCACAAGAAUGGUAAAGCGUUCAACUGGUGCUACGUCGACGUGAUAGGGAAGAAACAUCUAGAGUGUCGCAACUCUCUGGCACCGAGUAAUGGGCUGGAAUAG